UCCCUGUCCUUUCCCUUUUCGCGCUGUCUCUACAGGUCUCGCCUCGGCGGCCCGGGACGCCUGGCCCCCACACUGCAUCCACGUGUGCGCCAUCAGGGCGCAGGCCCCACGCAGGCGACCUUGCCUGGGUCGCAGUCCCAGAGCGCGGCGUGGGCGGGAGGGAGCCCUGGGUCCCCAGGGUCCUCACCCGUGGGCGGUUCCGGACAAAGGACGCGAACACCGAUCAGCCGGGUCCCAGCGCCUGUCUCCGAGCUGGUGAGACGCCCGCUCCGCAGGGAAGGAAGCGGCUGGGCUCCCCGACCCCCCUCGCACUCUGCCUGUGUCUGCCCUUCGCUGGCGCAGCCCCGGGCGCCGACCGCACUUCCUGCGCCUGGAAACCCCGAGCUGUCUCGCGAGGCGCCCGGCCCGCAGGGGGCCCUCGCGGUGCGUGACGCCCGCCCUCGCCAGACUCCGGCCUGAUCACGCGGCGGUGUCCCCGCUCGGAGCCGGGAUCCUGGCCGCGCCGACCCCGCUCAGACCCGGCCAGUCGCGAGGAGCCCAGAUGUUCACUCUUCCUCAGAAGGAAUCCGAGGCACCUACCACCUGUCUGGGCUCAGCUACCUCAAAGGACUCGGCCUGUAGUUUCGGGGAUGGCCUGGAAGGAGAAUGCCCCAGAAAACCAGACCAGAAGCUGUUGGGCCUCUAUGGAGUGGGGGAUCCCAUUGCCAUGUUCUCCUCAGACAGCUCCUGCCUGUCCUCCAGAGGCAGAGUCAUCAAAUGGUUCUGGGACUCAGCGGAGGAGGGCUACAGGACCUACCACAUGGACGAGUAUGAUGAGGACAAGAACCCCAGUGGCAUCAUUAACUUGGGCACCAGUGAGAACAAACUCUGCUUUGACCUGCUGUCCAGUCGGGAGUCGAGGAGAGGCCGGGUCAGCAUGUGCGCCUCUGUCAAACACAGCAGCCGGGGUCCUGCCCUCAUCCCGAGGAUGAAGACCAAGCACCGCAUCUACUACGUGGCGCUCUUCUCCGUGGUGCUGCUGGGGCUGCUGGCCACGGGCGUGUUCCAGUUCUGGCCGCACUCCAUCGAGGCCUCGGGCGACUGGGCGGUGGAGAAGCGCAGCGCGGCGGUGCCUGUGGUCAGGCUGCCCAGCGACAGCCCGGUGCCCGAGCGCGGCGACCUCAGCUGCAGGAUGCACACGUGCUUCGACGUCUACCGCUGUGGCUUCAACCCCAAGAACAAGAUCAAGGUGUACAUCUACUCCCUGAAGAAGUACGUGGACGAGCUGGGCAUGCCGGUCAGCGGCAGCAUCUCGCGGGAGUACAAUGAGCUGCUCUCGGCCAUCGCCGACAGCGACUACUACACCGAAGACAUCAGCCGCGCCUGCCUCUUCGUGCCGUCCAUCGACCUGCUGAGCCAGCACGCGCUGCACAUCCGUGAGACAGCGCAGGCCCUGGCCCAGCUCUCCAGGUGGGAUCGAGGUACAAAUCACCUGUUAUUCAACAUGUUGCCUGGAGGUCCCCCAGAUUACAACACGGCCCUGGAUGUCCCCCGAGACAGGGCGCUCUUGGCUGGUGGUGGCUUUUCUACGUGGACUUACCGGCAAGGCUACGAUGUCAGCAUUCCUGUCUACAGCCCGCUGUCCGCUGAGGUGGCUCUUCCGGAGAAGGGACCGGGUCCCCGGCGAUACUUCCUCCUGUCCUCGCAGAUGGCCAUCCAUCCUGAGUACAGAGAGGAGCUCGAAGCCCUGCAGGCCAAACAUGGGGAGGCUGUGCUGGUCCUGGAUAAGUGCACCAACCUCUCCGAGGGCGUCCUUUCUGUCCGCAAGCGCUGCCACAAGCACCAGGUCUUUGAUUACCCCCAGGUGCUGCAGGAGGCGACUUUCUGCGUGGUCCUUCGAGGUGCUCGGCUGGGCCAGGCCGCACUGAGUGACGUGUUGCGGGCUGGCUGUGUCCCAGUUGUCAUCGCAGACUCCUACAUCCUGCCUUUCUCUGAAGUCCUUGACUGGAAGAGGGCGUCUGUGGUGGUGCCGGAAGAGAAGAUAGCUGACAUGUAUGGUGUCCUGCAGAGCAUCCCGAGAAGACAGAUGGAAGAGAUGCAGAGGCAGGUGCGGUGGUUCUGGGAUGCAUACUUCCAGUCGAUCAAAGCCAUAGCCCUGGCCACGCUGCAGAUCAUCAAUGACCGCAUCUACCCAUAUGCUGCCAUCUCCUAUGAGCAAUGGAACGACCCCCCUGCGGUGAAGUGGAGCAGUGUGAGCAACCCACUCUUCCUCCCGCUGAUCCCACCACAGUCACAAGGCUUCACCGCCAUUGUCCUCACCUACGACAGAGUGGAGAGCCUCUUCCGGGUCAUCACCGAGGUGUCCAAGGUGCCCAGUCUGUCCAAGCUGCUGGUCGUCUGGAACAAUCAGAAUAAAAACCCCCCAGAAGAUUCUCUUUGGCCCAAAAUCCGGGUUCCAUUAAAAGUCGUGAGGACUGCUGAAAACAAGCUGAGCAACCGCUUCUUCCCUUACGAUGAAAUCGAGACUGAGGCCGUGCUGGCCAUCGACGAUGACAUCAUCAUGCUGACCUCUGACGAGCUGCAGUUUGGCUACGAGGUCUGGCGGGAAUUUCCUGACCGGCUUGUGGGCUACCCCGGUCGCCUGCACCUCUGGGACCACGAGAUGAAUAAGUGGAAGUACGAGUCGGAGUGGACUAACGAGGUGUCCAUGGUGCUCACCGGGGCAGCUUUUUACCACAAGUAUUUUAAUUACCUGUACACCUACAAAAUGCCUGGGGAUAUCAAGAACUGGGUGGACGCGCAUAUGAACUGUGAAGACAUUGCCAUGAAUUUCCUGGUGGCCAAUGUCACAGGGAAAGCUGUCAUCAAGGUGACCCCACGGAAGAAAUUCAAGUGUCCAGAGUGCACAGCCAUCGAUGGGCUUUCGCUGGACCAGACGCACAUGGUGGAGAGGUCUGAGUGCAUCAACAAGUUCGCCUCGGUCUUUGGGACCAUGCCUCUCAAGGUGGUGGAGCACCGAGCAGAUCCCGUGCUGUACAAGGAUGACUUUCCGGAGAAGCUGAAGAGUUUCCCCAACAUCGGCAGCUUGUGAUGCGUGCCAGACAGGGGUCCAGGCAGGCGCUGGUGGGCAGGGGCCAGGGCCCCCAGCACUCGCUACGGGUCAGUGGAAGGUUACCAGACUGGGUGCCUGUGGGUACCCAUCUGACCCCUUCUCCAGAAGGGCGGGAGCCCCGAGCCCUGCAGCUCUGCUCUGGGCUCCCGAGGUCGCCAAGCGGAGGGAAGACACUGCAGCACCUGCAGGUCACCCUGUCCCAGGGACGGCCUCCCUGACUGCACCCACGGGCCGGGAGAAGCCUGUCCUCUUGUGUCCGCAUCCCGUCGCAGGUGCCCACACCUCCCUGCCGCUGCGUCACUGCAUCUUCUGGGAACAGACAGGCAAACGAGAUGCAGAGCCGGAGCCGCUGGAGGUUUGAGCCCUGGCUCGGGCCAGCAGUCUCCUGUCAGCCCCACGAACCACUCCUCUGCACUUGGCAUUUUGAUAAGAUUAAAACUAUUUUUACUCCUUUUUCUCUUUUGCUUUAAA